CCCAUGAAACGGGACACAACCCCCGAAUAACACCUGGUACCCAUUCACUGCUGGGUGGACAGGGGCGUAAGGGUAUCGGAAAAGCCGCUCAAAUUUUUCCACUCCGCCCGGGAAUCGAACCCGGGCUCUAUCGGUUGUGAGUGCAGAUCCAAGAAGAUUACCAUUAUAACUAUAGUCUCUUUGGUGGAGUCCUAGAAGAGAAGUGUGUGUGUGUGUGUGUGUGUGUGUUAACUGUUCGUGGUGGGCAGUGCAUGCAUCUUGUCGCAAGAUCACCACACCUCAGCUACAGCAUGACAACGGCGCUUGACUGUGCUUAUGCAUACGGCGAUCACAUAAUGCGGACAACUCAAUGAGCAUAUCAGAGAACUACUCGUGUAUCCGAAACACUGGCCUGAGACCGUCGGGUGAUAUUGUGAGAGCUAUGCAGGCAUCCAAAGAACCACACGACCCCUUUCCCUGCCCCUCUGUCCUAUGAUCUUCCUCUCUGUUUUCCACGCUAGUCCUCUGUCACUCACGCUCACGUCUGCUGCAGUGCCCAUGACCUACUUAUGUUCCCAGUCCUCUGAGAAAGACUCGUUUGCUACCUACACACCUGCACCUCCCCAUCUGGACAGGGGAAGGCGCUCUACCUAUAAGGCACCCAACCCUUACAUUAUCAGCACAGGCUGCUCACCACUUUACUUUGACUUUCACCGCACAUACAUUUCCCUAUCUUGAAAGGCCCCAACUCUUCCCCUGCCCUUUCUGUGCCCCUCCUACGCCUUCUCCCUUGCCGCGUGCCCCCCUCACCUUGCCAGCAGCGGUGAGGGGCCAACUGAGCCAUGGAGGGACAGUCGCCAGUCGAGGUCGGGAGACAAGCGGGUGUGGACGCAGGCGAGACGGGGAUAUGCCGAGCCACCAAACAAAAUCAUCAACAGCAACAAGAACAGCUGCGGUACUGUCUGGAAAAGGAAGUUGAGUAUCUGAACGAAGACGACGAAGAAGAUACCUAUCCAGACGACAUGACGGCCGGCAGUGGCAUCAACAACAACCAUCGGGCCUCCUCCGUCUCGCCUCAGGAUGGCUCCAUGAGCAGAAAGAGCAACAAGCCUCUGAUGGAGAAGAAGCGCCGCCAAAGGAUCAACCGCUGUCUCAACGACCUCAAGUCCCUGGUGCUCGAGGGCAAAAACAAGGACCCGUCACAGUACAGCAAGUUGGAGAAGGCAGACAUCCUGGAGAUGACGGUGAGGCACGUGCAGGCCCUCCAUCGCCUGGGCAUGGGCGGAAGGUUGGCCGGUGGCGGACGCUUGGGAGGAGACGAGGAAGGUAAAUAUAGGGCUGGCUUUACCCACUGUGUGACGGAGGUAGACAAAUAUCUUAGAUACCUGUCCGGCCUUGGUGACCUUCCACCUGAUAUUCACAAGAAACUAUUUGCUCAUCUUAAUUCCAUCGCAACCUCCGUCUCCUCCAACGUCAACACGAACACCACCAGUGUCCAGAACAGUGUCAAUGUGAUGACCAAUCCAAUGCCUUUCAUUCUUGUGCUUAACGCCACUCCGUCCCAGCAACCCGCCACCAUCACUCUUCCUGAAUGCGCCGGCAACUCGCUAGGGGCACAACCUUCCGUCACGCUCGUAACGACAUCCAAGAUGGAAAGGACUCACGGAUCUGUGCCUCCCGCAGGAGGUUUUCAGGUGACUUCGCAACAUUUGAACGGAGGAGACGUGACCCUACUGUUGCCACCAACUAACCAGGUGGUUCCCCAGACCACUUCCACUCGAACCAAGCCAAGUGCUGCCCUCCAGGCUUCAGCGCCUGUUCUUACGGCAAUUCUCACCUCAGACAGGGGUCGCGUCAUGCCGCCCACGAUGGUGCAGCCACCAGCACUCUCCACCGGCAGCGAAGACUCAGCGCUGGGCCACGACAUCUUGGAUACAUCUGAUAGUGAUAUGAGCUCAUCGGGCCUCAGCACUCCCCUCUCCUGUAUUAGCAGCGCGGGCUCUCCUGCUCCCGCUGACGACGCCGGCCGCUCCUCUCCUCGGAGGCCCUCUUCUUCGAGGUCUCCGCCUUUGAAAAUUCACAACUGGAGUAGUGGGGUAUUCAGAGAGGAGCUUGGGACCUCAACUUGCAAUGCACGCCCUCCCGUGCGCCGUCAUCCUGUUUUGGCACCGAAGCCUGCACAAUCCGGGUGGUCUCAGUACUCCGCCUCGCAACCACUUACUUCCAAGAAACGAAAGGAUAAGAGUCCUCCUCCACCCCCUGCUGAGUCCCAGUCCAUGUGGCGGCCAUGGCACUAAGCGUCAUGGGGCGUCGCCUUCCAGCAAGAGUAGCCGGGCAGCACACCAGCACUUCUCCUGUCCCAUAAAAAAAUGUCAGUUUUCUUUAAUUUUGUAAGGUUAGUCAAGCACUUGAAGUCUUCCUUCCUACUCUGUUAUUAGAGUGGUCGUCUGCGUGCUCCAGACAGCAGACCAUCACGUGUAUCAAGCGGCAGUCCCAGGUGAGCGCCGCAGCGGGCAUGAAC